CAGCAAUGGUACUGGCAACUAUAGUGAAAAUUUACUUCCUGAAACUGAAUUAGGAGAUGACGAUUUUUUGAUUACAUGACAGAUAGAGACAAGUCAUGAGUGCAGGAGAACCAAACCCAGCCGCCACACCCACCCCCUGUCAAGACACCCAGGGAGAUGGACGAUGGAUGUCUUUGCAUAACCGCUUUGUGUCUGACAGCAAAGAUAAAGAGCCUGAUGUUCUGUUUGUUGGAGACUCGCUUGUUCAGCUCAUGCACCAGUUUGCGAUAUGGCGGCAGCUGUUCUCUCCUCUGCAUGCCCUCAAUUUUGGAGUGGGUGGUGAUGCAACACAACACGUGCUGUGGAGACUGAUGAAUGGCGAACUGGAUAACAUCAGCCCAAAGGUUGUGGUGCUGUGGGUAGGCACUAACAAUCAUGGUCACACUGCUGAACAGAUCUGUGAAGGCAUCAUGGCUAUUAUCCAAGUCAUCAAGAACAAGCUCCCCCAUGCCCAGACGCUUGUACUCGUAGGUUUUAUUUUGAUGCAUUCCUUUAGGAAAAUGUUAAUCUACCUGCAUGUCUGUUGAAAAUGACAAAUGAAGUUCAUACAACCAUCAAACUGCACAGUGAUGUCAACCCUUUUAGCUCCAUCUUAGCUUUGUGACUGACGGACGAAUGUAUG